CCAAGCGCCUGGGUUCAACUGCCCACCUUCCAAAGCGAUUGUAGAAUAACUGUGUCCUAUCGGAGGACCCGUAAUUGUUUCAGUAGUAAGAAACAUGCGCAGAACAAGCGGAAGGGAUGAGGCAGCGACUGGGCUGGAUAAAUAAGUGGGAGUUGCUAAGCAAGGUUUGCCGACGGUUUGCUGUUUUUACUACUAAAUUUUGGAGCCGCGUAUAAGCAGAUUCAUUCCCUGUCAUGGGGAUUAAAAGGCAAAGUGGGGAUGUGCUAGUGCAUCUUGGACCCAAACUUCAGGCCUGUCCUGAGGAGUUAAUUCGGCAGCGCUGUGGUCACAAUGGCUGUACUGAAUACUUGAUCCGCUGGAACAUCCUCAGCUUGGAUAAUGGUAAAGGAAACAGUGUUGAAUCCUCUUCAGCUGAGGGCAAAAAGCAGACCAUCUUGAUGUGGAUGUCUGCAAAGGAUAUAUAUGCCAACUGUCCAGCAUUGCUAGGCAAGAGGAAGCCCAAGGAACAACUGGUGGAACAGAAUGUGUCUAACAUAUUCCCUCCUGAAGACACUUUGGAUGAAGCCUGUCUUGUGGAGAUGAAAGCUGAUGUCAGGAACCUGGUACAGCGAGCUUCCUGGCAACUAGAAAGCACUCCUGUUUCACAGUCAUCCAUACUGAACACCAUCCAUAUACUUAGUGCUUAUGCCAGUAUUGGCUCAUUGAUGACCAUCUUCAAGGAGACUGGGGCCCUUACUCUACUGAUGAAGAUGCUGUGUAAUGAGGAGAAACACAUCCGUUGCAGUGCUGGGAAGAUGCUGAGAGCUUUGGCUUGUCAUGAUGCAGGAAGCAGAGCCUACGUUCUCCUGUCCCUGAGCCAGCAGGAUGGUAUUGAACAGCACAUGGACUUUGAUAGUCGCUAUACCCUUCUUGAGCUGUUUGCAGAAACAACAUCCUCUGAAGAGCAUUGCAUAUCCUUUGAGGGGAUUCCUCUUCCUCAGAUUCCAGGGAAACUGCUGUUUUCUCUAGUAAAGCGUUAUCUAUGUGCUACUUCUCUUAUGGACAAACUCAACAACAUCACAGAGUGUGGAGAGGAGCAGGAGCAUUUCAUGCCCUCCAGUGCAGAUUCCAAGAGAAAGAAAAGAAUGCAAUGUGAAUUUGACUUCAGCAUGGCUAUGGCCCACCUCAUUUCAGAGCUGAUCCAGGUUAUGGGGUGGAAUCAGAACCAAGAGCUUCGCUCACUCAGACAAAAGAAAUGGCAACUUCAGUCAAUCUUCCAGCCCCAAAUGCCAGCCUGCGUCACCAUCCCAUCAGCUGCAGAGCUGCCCCAGAAAGAAAAUGGUGCUUUCAAGUUGCGCUCAGCCUUUCCUAGUCGCAACAGCUACGUGGAAUAUGUGCGAGAGAAGUUGGCACGUGGCAUGCAUGUGCGUAUGCUGGAGGACUAUGAGAAAGUUGGUGCAGGAGAUGAGGGCGAGUUUCUUCAGAGCAAUAAUGGCACACCACCUGUGCAGGUUUAUUGGGAGUCUCUGGGCCGUACAUACUGGGUGCAUUGGCACAUGAUUGAGAUUGUUGGUUCAUCAAGAAACGCAGAGCAGAAAGCCCAGGAAAAGGUAUCAAGUCUUAGAGAGCUUCUGAGACAAAACACAGUUAACCAGACAAGGUACCGCAAACCGCUCAAAGGAUUGUACUCUUUACCAUGCCUUAUGGAUCAUUUGAAUAAGGACUUUGGGACUCUAAGUCAGGCUGAAUGGUGGGAGCUACUUUUCUUCAUUAACAAGCUAGAACUCCAGAAGCAUCAAGAAGUUGUUCAUUUCAUUGAGCAGAAUCAGAAGCUGUCAAGCCUAAAUGAAGAGGAUCUGAUCCAGAUGUCUGUUUCAGUAGAGUUGGCUCAGAAAAUACUACAGUUCCUGAAUAAGGAUUGUCAGAGCACCACUCAAAUUGACCUGCAGAACUCCCACGUCUAUUUCAAAUAUUUCUUCAGCAAGGAAGAUACAGAGCAGAACUGCCCAAAUGCAAACCUGCUCUCUGCAAGCUAUGAUGACCUUUCUGAAGCCAUGAAGUCAAAAAAACCAAAGGAAGAUAUACUUCCUGACAGAGUGUCUUCUCCAACUCUAUUUGCAGCAAAGGAAAGUGACAGACGGCGGAUUAACAAAUUUCUCAAAAUAGAAGGGCUUUUAUUCCCAGACACAUUGGAUGAGAAAGUCAAAGCUUUCUGCAGUGUGAAGGUGGCCGGAAAGAGAAGCACCUUGGAGCAGCUGGAAGGUGCCAUGGAGAUGAUCCAGAAGUCCAGUUGUGACAUUGAGUUGCAGAUGGCUGGUCUUAAAUUCAUCACCAAGAUUUUGGAGGAAGAGGAACCUGGGCAAGGGAAACAGAUUGCCACAGCAGAGUGUGAAUUUGCCAUUAGGGAGAAAAUUGUGAAGAUAUUAGUGGACCUGCUGAGCCACCAUGUAAAGGAAACCCUGCUUACAGUAUUUGGGCUACAGGUGCUGUAUAUGCUCAUGGCAAAAUAUGACUGGCAGAUGCUCAUUGCAUCCAAAGGUGGGCUGCAUUGUGUGCUGCACUGCAUGAAGGAGAACUCCACGUCUGUGCUGGUGCAGCAGGCUGGCCUAGCAGUACUGAAGAUGCUAUUGGAUGCUGAGAACUAUAAGCUACCAAGUGCCUGUGGGAAGCUCCAACCUCUGGGCAACUCAGGUUUCCAGACAAUGCAAGAGAUCUUGGUCAGCACUGGUUCUGCUUCUAGCAAGGACAUUGGCAACUUACUAUGUGUCAUCCCUGCUGCAGUUGAGAAGAUGUUGGGCACACCUGGAGCCUCAGCAGCAGUUCAGGAUGGACUUCUGGUGCUCAGCAAGUUGAUCGACUAUGAUAAGGCCCUGGCACAGCAACUAGGAAACUCUGAUCUUCGUUGUGCCCUUCAGAACGUCUGCCGCUUGGGCCAAAGCUCAGACAAAAUCCUGGCUCAGAACAUGCUCACCCAUCUGUCUGAACAUAAGCUGCCACUGAGCAAAGAGAAUGCAGACUCUGCAGCCUUCUUUAAUCUUCAGGACAUUAACAUCACAAAGCUACUGAGUAAUCUGCACAAAAACAGUGUUUGGAAGGAGAUGGCAGUGGUGCUGCAACGCUGCCUCUGUGACAAAGGUGCCGCCUUUGAGGAAACUAGUCAUGAGUUUCUGGUAAAUGUGCUUAUUCUCAAAAACUUGACACAGCAGGAAUCUGAAAAAGAGAUACAACUGGGAAUGUUAAGGCUUUUGAACAAGUGUUUGGAUAGUUCAUGGAAGGAUGUAGUACCCUGGCAUAAAUGCAUUGAACCUUGCUUGUCUUCCAUAAACAGCCACAUAAACGAUCGAGAGAUUGUUCAAGAGUUCAUUAAAUUCUUGCACCGUCUGGCCAUCCUCAACAAGGACUGUGCUGUUGCAAUGUGCUCUUCUGGCAUUAAGGAAGCCUUGACCAAAGUCUUGGAGAAACACAGCUCCAGCUUCCCUCAAGUGACAGAACUGAGGGACCUCAUGAAUAACUGUGAGAAGCCAGUGAGCCUCUAUCAGAAGAUGACAGCCAGCAUCCUGGCUGGCUGCAUCCAGAUGGUUCUAGGUCAGAUAGAAGAACACAGGCAUAGCCAUCAGCCUAUCAGUGUCCCGUUUUUUGAUGUAUUUCUGCAUUAUCUUUGUCAUGGCUGCAGCACUGAAGUGAAGGAAGACAAGUGUUGGGAGAAAGUAGAAGUCUCCUCCAAUUCUCAACAGGCCAACAAGUUAGUGGAUGGAAAUGUCAAAACCUACUGGGAGUCAAAUGGCAGCACUGGCUCCCACUACAUCAAUGUUUACAUCCAUCGUGGUGUGAUAAUCCAGCAGAUGUCACUACUGGUGGCCAGCGAGGAUUCCAGCUACAUGCCAGCCCGGAUUAUAGUCAUGGCAGGAGAGAGCACUUCCAGCAUCAGCACCAAGCUCAAUAUGGUCAGUGUCCCACCUUCAUCUACCAGAGUGAUCCUCUUGGAGAACAUGACCUGCUUCUGGCCUAUCAUUCAAAUCAAGAUCAAGCGUUGCCAGCAGGGCGGCAUUGACACACGUGUGCGUGGCAUCGAAGUGCUGGGCCCCAAGCCCACCUUCUGGCCCAUCUUCAGGGAGCAGCUGUGCCGGCGCACACACCUCUUCUACGCUACCAAAGCGCGCACUUGGUGCCGAGAAAUUUCAGCAGAUCAGACACAGUUGCUGCAACUUUUCAACAGGUUGAACAGUGCCUUGUGCCACGAGCAACUAUUUGCCAGUCGCUUCCUUCCGGAUGACAAAGCUGCCCAAGCACUGGGCAAGACCUGUUGGGAGGCCCUGAUCACCCCCUUGGUGCAGAGAAUCACUUCUCCUGACCCCAGUGGUAUCAGUCCUAUGUCUUGGCUCCUAAGCCAAUACUUGGAAAAUCUAGAGGCAGCCCAGAAUACCACAAGCCAGAUUAUCUUCAAUUCCCGAGUUCGGCAUCUGAGCCAUCUGCUGGUGCAUGUGGACCCCAGUGGCCCUGAGCCCGAAGAGCUGAAAUCUCCUAUUAAAUGCAAUAAGAAGAAUGCCAAGAACAAGGAGUUGAGAUCAGGAGUGGUAAAGGUGACAGUGAAGAAAUCUACCAGUUUGACAGGCAUCACACAGUGCUGGAAAGAUGUUGUGCAGCAGCAGGUGAAACAGUUCUUGAAGUCCUCCUGGCAGGCCUCUGACUUUGUGGAGCAAUACUGUAGCAUCUACCGGCGCCUCCGUAUUGCCAUGGAGGAGCUGUUUGGGCAGAAGAUGUCCUUCUUGUUGGCCUUGCGCCAUGGCUUCUCUGAAGGCUUGUUGCAGCUCCCCUUCUUGACAGCAGUCCAUGUGAGCGAGAAGUUUGCCCGAUACAUUGACCUGUCAAUCCGAGACAGCUGGACAGAUUCGGCUAAUGUAGAGAACGUACAACACUUGCAACAGAACCUUGAGCCCAUCAGUUUCCUGGCAGAAUUGGAAUUGGCCAACAUCUUUGAACAUUUCUAUCGAUACUAUCUAGGAGAACGUCUUCUGUCUCAGGGCAAUACAUGGCUGGAGUCCGCCGUGGUAGAGCGUAUUGGGCUCUGCUUCCCCAGCCAUUACCCUCAGCAGAUGCUGAAGAACUUGAGUGAGCUGGAGCAGCAGCAGCAGGAGUUCCACCUUUUUCAGCUCCAGCAGCUUGACAAGCAUUUGCUGGAUGUUGAUCAACAUGGAAGAGACAAAGAAGAGGGAGAGGGAGAGAUGAUGCAGGAGAAGCCAUUCUCCCAGGAGGAAGAGGCGGAGGUGAAGGUAUUGGCCUUGUCUCCCUUCUGUUGGACCAUCCCUCCACUUUGCUACCUGGAAGAGCCUAUCAGGUUUCUCCCAUCCUGCCUCAGUCAGCACCUAAGCAAGUUUGCAGACUUCUACAUUCAGAGUCAAAGCUGCUGUGGGUUGGAGCAUACAAAGCCACCGCGCUUACAGUGGACUUGGUUGGGCCGUGCAGAGCUGGAGUACCAGGGCUGCAUCCUGCAGGUGUCCACCCUGCAAAUGUACAUUCUUCUGUGCUUCAACAGUGCUGAGGAAGUUUCUGUGGAGACGCUAUUAGAAGUCACAGGUCUCUCCCCUGUCUUCCUAGGUCACGCACUGAAACCUCUGACAAAGGAGAAUGGGAUCCUCACCCAGAGGCAGAGUACUUUAGGACUGAAUGAGGAGGCCCUAGGUCAGGUGUCUGGUCAGCGCCUGUGGCUCUUGCCCGAACCGAUGCACCUGAAUGUGGAAGAAAAAGCAUGCCAUGCUUUGGAGAAGAAAAGGGACUUCAUCUGCUGCCUCCUCAUCCAGAUUCUGAAGGAGGAGAAAGAAAUACAUAUCGACAGCCUGGUGUUUAAGGUGAUCAGUGCCUCCCACAAACAGAAAUGUGGCUCGCCUUCAAACGUCUUGAGGAACGUCUGCAGCAGUGCUGAUGUUCUGUCCUGUAUCUUGUAUUUGCUAAAUCAGGGUUUUGUCCAACGCCAGGAAAACCUUCCACAACUUUUACAGUAUGUAUCUGUAGAUACGCCAACCCCAGCUCUGCCAAAGAACCAGCCUCAGGUAGUAUUUCAGACUGUACAGAUCAAAAAGGUGCCCAGUAUGCCUUGUAUGGAGAAGAAACAGACAUUUUCUACAUUUAGAUAAAAUUGGCUCCUGGUGUGUGUGUGUGACAACCUAGGCAGGUAAGACUGAAGGCUGCUCUUGCUUUUAAAAGCACUAGUUUCCGGUUACUAUGGCAGUGGGGAGCCUCUUGUAUAGUUCUUGUUCUUCCUACUUGUUUUUUCUAAGUAGAACAGAAUGCUCCAACAUUAAAAGCUUGAAAGAGGAACUGACCAAGCUGUUGCACAGAGCAGUUUUCCAGUAAUGUUUGUUUUUUUUCUUACUGAAAACAACUGGCUCUAUUCUUCCACUGCCUGGCCGCAGUUGGGGGACAUAACCUGAGUAGUAAGUCAGCACAUUCUUUUCUAUACAACUUGAGCAAGGUGGCUGGAUUCUAAAACCAGACAGUUCAGAACAUUCUCCCCCUCCCCCACCCCGCCACGUGCAUCUGCCUAUUUCCAGACUGUCAUGUUGCCACAGAAUGUAGUGAAAUCCCCUUCAUUAUAUGAUGGAUGGUUGGUGUCCAUCCUCCUCUUUUAGAGUCUUUGAUGCAUGGCUCUGGCCUUAAGGGAUAAACUUUUCCCAUCUAUUAGCAGUUCUUUUCUACUGCAAAACAAGGACUGUGUUAUUUUGUAAUCCACAUUCAUUUAUUUAGCAAAAGACAGCCUUCAGUCUUUUGUAAAGAACAAGUCCUUAGCAUUUCUGUUACCAGCUUGGUUUUCCCUUAUGUUUAUUUAGUCUCUUGUAUCCCUGCCUAAUAAGAGUUAUUUGAUAAAGAUUGGAUGAAAGGAAGCUGUAGAUCAAAGUGAAAAAUCAGGCACCUUUUCCAUUUCUUUAACCUUGAAACUAAGAAAUUUAUUUCUAUUCGGAGCUUACAAACCUAUCUGUAGCAUACAACUUCACAUGAUUUACCUACUUGCAUUUUGCACGUUAUGAGCAAGUAGUUGCUUAUUUCACUAUGAGGAAGAAUCGGGUGGGGGCUUUUUACUUUUUCACACUACAGCAGCAGAUUGCUUGAAAUACAAAAAUGAGAGAUGGAGUAUUUCUGAUGCUGCCAUUUCCAUGGUUUAUACUUUGAUCUACUUGUUGCCUAGUGCAACUGCCUUCCACUUCAGUUUUUUUCUUACGGUAUCUAAAAUUUUGGAACUGUAUCAAUUGCCAAGUUCCAAAUAAAGACAAAAAGAAUAUGGCUUUUUGAAUCACAGGCAGAGUGCUGCAUGAUUUAGCAUGAACAAGUGAUUCUGGCUCUCUUCCACCUUUAACAAAUUAAAAACAAAUAGGAACUGCUUUACUUUCUAUGUUCCAGGAGGCCUUUUGUACAUGCCUCCAUUUUCCGCAAGCAGGGAAUGGAAAGAGAAUCCUUUAGAUGGUGGAAGUACAACUGCAAGAAUUUAACGUUUGUGGAAAGCAACUUACAGCUGCUCAGGUGUGGCUAAUUCUUGUGCAGCCAGCACAGAGCUUUUUCAUAUUAGAUCUCUUCCUACUCAAUUGUCUUUUUCCUUUGGAACUGACCCGUCCUUUGGAG